AUGGGCAGACGGCCCAACUGGGGAGAGGACAUGGGCUCUGAGACCCGAGUUUGUGAGGGAACUGGAUCAGCGAAGUCUUGCACCCCCUGCUUCCGUCCGCGCCCCGCUGCCCCCACCCUGCGUGGGAGGAGGCGGAGGUGGCUGUGCCCCAGCGGCCGCCGUGAGUGGAGCUUGGGCUGCAGCCGCGCCGCCCGCCCGCUGGCGCUGCGGAGGGAGCGCAGGCUCCGGGGAUCCGCGCCAGCCCCGCCAGCCCCGCGCGCUCCCCGUCCCCCCCCCCCCCCCCCUGCUCCGCGCGCUCCCCGCACCGAGGUCGGGACACUGGGACGCGGAGCGGCCAGACAGACAGCGGCCGCGGGACUGAAGAAGGACGCGCGGACCGAGCGCAGGGGUCAGGCCGCCAGCGCAGGAGCUGCCCGCCCAGGGCCCCAGCAGUGCCCAGCCCCGCUGGGAGCCCUGGCCAGCACCACGGACGGCGCCCAGGAAGCCCGCGUGCCCCUGGACGGGGCCUUCUGGAUCCCCAGGCCCCCGGCAGGGUCCCCCAAGGGCUGCUUCGCCUGUGUGUCCAAGCCCCCCGCCCUGCAGGCGCCCGCAGCCCCGGCCCCUGAGCCCUCGGCCUCUCCCCCCAUGGCGCCCACGCUGUUCCCCAUGGAGCCCAAGAGCGGCCAGGCCGACAGCGUGCGGGGGGCCGGCGCGCCCCAGGUCUGCAAGCACCUGGCGGAGAAGAAGACCAUGACCAACCCCACGACGGUCAUCGAGAUCUACCCCGACACCAGCGAGGUGAACGACUACUACCUGUGGUCCAUCUUCAACUUCGUCUACCUCAAUUUCUGCUGCCUGGGCUUCAUCGCCCUGGCCUACUCCCUCAAAGUCCGGGACAAGAAGCUGCUCAACGACCUGAACGGUGCGGUGGAGGACGCCAAGACCGCCCGGCUGUUCAACAUCACCAGCUCCGCCCUGGCCGCCUCCUGCAUCAUCCUGGUCUUCAUCUUCCUGCGGUACCCGCUCACCGACUACUGAGGCCGCGGCCUGCGCAUGAGGGAGCGGGAAGGGCUCACUUUCAGGACGGAGGAUGCCCUGGUGGCGGCAGAGCGGGCCGUCCGCCCUGGGCCCCGGAGCUGUGAGCGGGCAGCCCGGCUGGCAGAGGUUCCCACAGCCGGGGGCAGCGAGCUCGUGCAGGCCCCUCGCCUCCUGGCCCUCCACCUGCUUCCCACCCCUGAUCCUCCUGGGCUGCCGCACCCUGGCUUCCAGCGGCUGCACCCCCACCUGGGUCUCUCCGACCUGACACCCAACAAGAAGGGCUCUGAGGGAGCUUCCCCGUGUGGGGGCUGCUGGCAUCUGGGGACUCCCUCCACCCUCCUGACCCAGUCUCCAAGCUGUGACCCCACGACCCUGCUCAGAGCUCCCGUGUCUGUGAAUUUUCAAUAAAACUCCUGCCCAGCGCCA